CCCAGAGUGGGGAUUCUAUAGCAGCAGGAGGACUUGUUCGCUGCUACUCGUAUCUCGGACUCGAGAGCAUCUCCAGUUCACAGCAGGUUGGGGAGGAGGAACCAUGCACUUCAUCUGGGCUCUGGCUUGCAUCUUAGUGAUCCAGAAGAACGGCUUCUCGGCAGCUGCAGAGCCCCUCAGGUCCUCCCAAGGAAGAAUGCCCAGGCCUGGCUGGUGUAAAGAACACGAGAGUCUGCACCAUCGCUUAGACAAGGUCGAAGAGACGGUAGACAAAACUGUGGAGCACAUGGAAAGCGAAGUGAAGAGUUUAUUCCAUCUGAUGGACAAGAUCACCGUUAACCUGCCACCAGGCUCCGUCAGCCCCUCCGUGGAUAUCUUUGGUGACGACCCCAUCUGAGCACCGGCAGAGUCGAGCAGAAGAUCGAAGGAGUUUAAAACAGUCCAUCGGUCCUCGUUCUGGUUCUCUUUCCUACAAUUAGUGGGCAUUAUCACUGCCUUCUCCCUCCCCCCAGUAGAAAUGCCUACCAUUUAAUAAAAAAGGCAGCAUAUCCAA